AUGAAGAGCACAAGGAAUCGGAGCAGCGCAUCCGAGUUCCUCCUCCUGGGGCUCCCCAUCCGGCCAGAGGAGCAAGGCAUGUACUAUGCCUUCUUUCUGGCUACAUAUCUGACCACGGUGCUGGGGAACCUGCUCAUCAUCCUGCUCAUCAGGCUGGACUCUCGCCUCCACACCCCCAUGUACUUCUUCCUCAGCCACUUGGCCUUCACGGACAUCUCCUUCUCGUCAGUCACGGCUCCAAAGAUGCUCACGAACAUGCUGACUCACACUCAGUCCAUCUCCUACGCUGGCUGUGUUUCCCAGGUGUAUUUUUUCCUGUUCUUUGCAGAUCUUGACAGCUUUCUUUUGACCUCCAUGGCCUAUGACAGGUACGUGGCCAUCUGCCACCCCCUCCACUAUACCAGAAUCAUGAGUCAGACUGUCUGCAUCCUCCUAGUCAUUGUAUCCUGGUUCUUAUCCUUUGCUGGUGCCCUUGUGCACACUCUCCUUCUAGCUCGUCUCUCUUUCCUUCGAGGUAACACUCUCCACCACUUCUUCUGUGACCUGUCUGCCUUGAUUAAGCUGGCCAGCUCAGACACCUCCGUCAAUGAGCUGGUUAUCCUCAUUGUGGGAUCACUAGUCAUCACCGUGCCCUUUGUAUGCAUCCUGGUCUCUUAUGGCCGCAUCGGAGCCACCAUCCUGAGAACUCCCUCCAUCAGGGGAAUCUGCAAAGCCUUCUCCACGUGCGGCUCCCAUCUCUCUGUGGUGUCUCUGUACUAUGGAGCCAUUAUUGGGCUAUAUUUUGUCCCCUCAUCAAACAACACUAAUGACAAGGAUGUCAUAGUGGCUGUGCUGUACACUAUGGUCACGCCCAUGCUGAAUCCCUUUAUCUACAGCCUGAGGAAUCGGGACAUGAAAGGAGCACUGAGGAAUAUGCUUGCAAGAGCAACUUCUUCCAUGUGA